AAUGGGUCAUUUUCAAAAGGAAAUACCCGCGCCAUGCCAAUGUUGUGAAAUUGAAUUGCGUUCUUUGUUUAUAAAAAAAAUAUCUUGUGAUGUCCCAAAUAAAUGAGAGUUGUGUUGAAGUCGGAAAUAGCCCUAUUUAUACAGGAAACAUAACAUAUGAAGAUAAAGACAAUCGUUGCCCUUUGAAGUUGGUGAACUCUGGUUGUACGAGUGAUGAAUUAGUUAUGGAUGUUCCCAGCACUCCAGCAAACAUUGAUGACAGUAUUAAUUCCGACUGUCAAAUCUUGGCGCCUAACAAUGAAAAGCUAAUAUACAUUAAUCUUGGCUCCGAUAUUGAAGAUGCUGAUGAAAUUCCACACGGAGUUGGCAAUUUGGAACGAGUGGAGGAUGAGCAUGAGGCUGGUCUGGUCGCCAAUUACGCAAGUGACGAGAAUGCCAUAUUUGUUAGUGCUGACAUUUAUGAGCGAGAGAAAGCCAACUUUGAUGAACUUGUUCAAAACACGCUUAAAGCUGAGAAGCGGAAGGUACAGCUGGAAUCUCAAGAUAAGUAUGCGUCUGAUUUGGACGCGGCAGAAAAGGAUGUACUCCAGCUAAAUGCUCGACUUGCAUUGAUGUCCCAAUACAUCGAUAAUUUGCGAGUGGAAAGUGAACAAGGCAAUAAAGAUAAACCAGGUCCUAAUUCCGAGGCUGGAGCUGAAGCAGAUGAGAAGCCCAGUUGGUCACAUAUAUAUGCUGGAGUCAAUCGACAUCGACACAUCGCAGGUGGCAGCGUGGCCGAGUUUUAUCAACAUAAAACCAACAUUAUCUCUGGGCUGAAGACGCUCUAUGAACCCGACGGGCCUCCGCCCAGUGCAUCCGAGUUUACCAUACAACCAAAGGCGCUGCUUGUGCCGCUGCUGCCACAUCAGACCACGGGCCUUAAGUGGUUGUUGUGGCGCGAAGCUCAGAAAGUCAGUGGUGGCAUAUUGGCUGACGACAUGGGGUUGGGUAAAACACUAAGCAUAAUAGCGCUGAUCGUGGCAGCCAACGAAAAUAAGCGACUGGCUAUGCCUAAAGUCACAACCGACUUUGAUUAUAAGAAAUCGUUUGAGCAUCAACUACAGCUGUUCAAUAAACUUAAAACACCUUGGAAACGCAUUAAUAUUCUCGAGAGCGAUAGCGAAGAUGAACCAGAUGUAUUACCACCCAAGCGCCCAUUUCUGCCAUACGAAGAAGCUGAUGAUGAGCGUCUUCUGUUGCCUAACGACGAGUGCACUUACAAUGCCGGCACCUUAAUCGUCUGUCCCAUGAGCGUGAUGUCGCAGUGGGCUGCCGAGGCAACCACUAAGGUGAAGCACAAGGAACUUAACGUGCACACGUAUCAUGGACCAGAUCGUCGUGCCAUUAGUGUCUCAGACUUGCGCAGUAUGGAUCUGGUCAUCACAUCUUACAACACUCUUGUCUCUGAAUGGAAGCGUUUUGGCAGUGACUCGCGGCUGUUCAGCUCACGUUGGGAACGUUUGGUGCUUGAUGAGGCGCACAUCAUACGCAACACGAAGACUGUCUGUUUUGGGACCGUCACCAACAUUAAGGCCCAGCAUCAUUGGGCGUUAACUGGAACCCCCAUACAGAAUUGCGCCUUGGAUUGCUUUGCUCUCCUUAAGUUCCUGAGUGUGCCGAAUUUUAAAGAUCUGACGCUAUGGCGUCGCUAUCUCAACCAAGGCAUUGCCGGUCACUGCCGCAUGAGCUAUCUGAUAAAACCCCUGAUGUUGCGACGCACCAAGUUGCAACUGCAGUUGGCAGGGGAAAUGCCCGCGCUGCCGCCGCUGCAGGUGAAACUAAUCGAUGUACAGUUGACACCGGCAGAAAUGAACGUUUAUCAAAUACUCUCCGCAAUAUCUUUGAGGAUAUUUGCUCAGUUCUUGCGGCAACGCGAACAAAACAAUCAAGAUCUUCACUAUUAUUCUGUGCAGACCACACCCAACUUUAUUGUCGAUGAAGUCGAUAGUAAAUACAAGGCGAUAUAUGAAAAUUUCUUACGCUCCAUUGGCUACGAUCCAAGGGAACGUGUUCAAGGAAUUUUCAUUUUGGUUCUUUUUACUACGAUUACGACAAUUCUGCUGUCAUCCGGGCCUCAUGGUAAAGAUGCUCUGCAAUGAGUUUAAUUUAUCUGCAGAUGAGGAUGACCAGGACGAGUUGGAAAGUGAGCAUCUGAAUAUCAACGGCCAGGGCACAAUUGAGAAGAGCACUUUUAGCGCCAUCAAGAGUG